UUCUAAUUUGUAAAGUUGUUGAGCUUAGUCAUUAGGCCUAGUCGUCAUCCCUAUUCUUCUAAACAAUUUAGAAUAUUGACAUAAAGAUUAUCUAGAAGUGGACUUCUAGAGAGUAUUGACUCACAGCGGAUCAAGACAACAUGUCAACGUUACCUAGUUUACAUCCUAGUCGGGCUGAGAAAAUGAUAUUUGUGAAGUACACGCCACCUCCAUUAAAUGUGGACCGUGCUGAUUACGAUGCCUGGCUAGAGCGUGUUAAUUAUCUGUCUGAUGACUUACAUUGGCUGCUGCAACUUCCGCAUGAAAAGUUUUGGUGCCAGGUAGUUUAUGAUGCAAGUCUACACGAAGCUUUGGAUUCCUUUUUACAAUAUUGUCCAAGGUCCCAUGAUAUUGUUUCAAGUCUACCUGAAAAUGUAAAAGAUAGACAUCAAGAGCUUUGCCGCCUGGUUUUUAUGACAUACCUCCGCAUGUCAACUUUCAAAGAAUCUAAGGAUCAUUCUUUGACACCAGAAGUCUUUGGAGAAAUACUGUAUGAAAAUUUUCUCUUCGAUAUUCCCAAAAUCAUUGACAUCUGCUCCCUAUUUGGACAAACAAAUGGACAAAUCUUGUCAAAGAUGAUUGGUAACAUCUUUACUCACCAACCUAAAUAUUUGGACGAUUUGAGAGAGACAGUACCUACUAUUUUACAGGUUCUAAGGAACAUCGCAGCAGAGUGCGGACUACAACUGGACUCCCCUGGUCCAAGCCCACAAAAACUAGACAGACCAUCAGGUGGGAACCAUCUUGCCUCCAUGCCCACCUCCGCCCUGCAGGAUGUGAUUCUGUACCUGAGCGACACUGCCGUAGCUCUUAACAGAUUCCUUGACAUCUACCCACCUGCUUGUGCUGUUUUCCACCAGUUUAACUUCUGCUCUGUCCUAGCCAACUUUUAUGAGUGCAUGGUACCAGAGCUGACAGCUGCUGUUAAAGUCCAUAAUUUCUCAUCUGAUCAGUUGAAGAAACAGUUCUUAGUGAAAGUGCGUCAGAUAAAAAAAUCCCUUGUUACUGUGUUUCGCUUGAUUAUACAACACACUUGUAUUCAACCUAUCUUGGAAAAUGGAGGGAAAGAGGAUGUUGUUGGGAGCUGCGCUGAAGACUUGCUGCACACCAUGACCUCUGUUUUAGGUGAGAGACAGUUCCUAGCAGUCUACGAAGGAAUGUUCUGCUUCCAGGAUGAUGUGGACAUGCUCCUGCAGACCUCAAGCUCUAACCUAGACUCAGCCCAGUUUGAUUACAUCCAGUCUGCUAUCAACUCGGCUUUCGCCACGUAUGGACGCAGGAAGUCCCCUAGAGGUGACACCAACACAGGAGGUCGCACCAGCCCAGACGGAGCACCUGACUCCCUGGGGAGCAUGGCAGCCAUGUCUCAGGCCAGCAAGUGGGUUGACACUGACAUCAAGGACGCAGCGGACUUCCAGACAGAGGAUUAUGGAGAAGGGGCUGUAGCCCACCCCCGUCCCAACGAAGCUGAGCUAGAAUCAUUGAUAACAAGUGUCAAGGACUUGUUCCCUGAUUUUGGAGAAGGAUUUAUAGAGCUGGCCUUAGAGGAGCUUGACUGGAAUCAUGAAAAAGUUGUUUCUUCAAUAUUAGAAGAUAAACUACCCCCAUCUUUAGCUGGCAUUAACAGAGGCUUACAAAGACAAGAAAGAACUGACAACCAGGGAGAUGGGCAAAUGGACCUUGACAACAUUUUAGAUUCUCGGAGGAAUAUUUUUGAUAAUGAUGAAUUUGAUAUUUUCCACAACAAGGCUGUUGACUUUUCAAAAAUUCAUGUUGGCAAAAAGGACCAGAAAGUUGACAUUGAUGAUAAAACCAUUGUGACUGUUGCAAAGGAAAAAUUUGAAGCAUACGGUAACAUAGACCAAGACAGUAUGUACGACAACCAACAAAUGUACGAGGAUGAAUAUGAUGACACGUAUGACACCAACGCAGUUGGAGCAGAUGAUGUAGACUCAGCUGACGAACUAUCAAAUGCCAAGGUCCUACCAAGAGUUUUGAUGGAGUUGGAAAGAAAGAAAGCUAAAGAAGAAGGAAGAUUAAAUGAAAGCAGUGAUGAUGAUGGUAGAGAGGAGGAACGACAGCCCAAUCAGCCUGCAAGGGAUGAGUUUGUUGCAGACCCAGCCAAGCUUAGAGAGCAAGCAGAGCAGAGAAGACAGUCCAAGGCAGCAAGAGGGAGACAUUCGCGGGGUGGGGCACCAGCUGCCCCUAGGAAUCGUGAUGUUGUUGGAAAUGCCAAAGGCCAAGGCCAGUCUGAAGAAGUAUUACGCAACAGACAAAUGAAAACAAGGCACAAAGGACAGUAUCAUAAGGCCGGUGCUGACAGAAAAAUGAGCAAAGGGAUGUUCUAGAUGCUGACCUAUGAAAAAUAGAAUGUUCUAGAUGCUGACCUAUAAAAAAUAAAAUGUUCUAGAUGCUGACCUAUGAAAAAUAAAAUGUUCUAGAUGCUGACCUAAAAAAAUAGAAUGUUCUAGAUGCUGACCUAUAAAAAAUAAAAUGUUCUAGAUGCUGACCUAUGAAAAAUAGAAUGUUCUAGAUGCUAACCUGUAAUUCAGAAAUCUUUAGGUCUAUCUGAGCUGUGAAUUCUCUGCAUUAUUUAUUGACAAUAAAUCACUACAGUAUGG